AUGACAGGCAGUCAACUGGAAGAUAAUCACCCAGAACAUGAUGGGUUGAAUGAGGGACCUGAGAUGUUAUAUGCGCGGAUGGUCGAUGCCCAACCGAGCGAGCGCGAACCAAACUUUCAGUCCGAUAACGCGAGAUCCUUCUAUAUGGGAGAAUCCUUUAGUCUCUCGUUCGUGGUUAAUUCAAUAUACAACAACUCUGGUCAUGGCACCAGCGUUAAGCGGCACUACCCUAUACCCACCAAUGUGUCAGAGCACGCGCGCGACGCGGCUGAAGGAUUGAAGCACUCCGAUCCAGCGACAAUCUCGUAUCUUGAGAUGCGGGGCUCAUUCUCACUACCGCCACAGGAUGUUCGCAAUGAGCUCAUCCGCGUUUUCUUCACUUCCUUUCACCCGGCAUAUCCUGUCCUUGACCGACAAGCAUUCUCUGCUUUGUAUCGUGAGGAAAGAGUGUCAUUCCUUGUCCUGCAGACGAUAUUCUUCCUUGCCUUCACAAGCUGCAGUGACGACUUGGUCGAGAGAGCUGGAUAUCCGAACCGACUCACUGCUAGAAGGACAUGCUAUCUUCGAGCCAAAGCACUUUAUGACAUGGAUUACGAGAAGGACAAAGUGCAGCUCACGGCCGUGCUUUUUUUGCUGGGUUUCUGGUGGGAAGGCCCUGAGGAUCAGAAAGAUACUUGGCAUUGGCUUGGGUCUGCUAUUGGUCUUGCGCAGACUUUGGGAAUGCACCGAUCCACUGCAAAUUCUGGCAUGCGGCCUUCGCAUCAAUCUUUAUGGAAAAGAAUCUGGUGGUCCAUCUAUACUCGUGAUCGGCACGCUGCUGCUUCUCUUGGUCGACCAACGCGUAUAAAAGAUGAAGAUUGUGAUGUUGAAAUGCUGAAUAAAUCCGAUUUCCUGAUCGAUCAAGACUUCGAUAACAACUUAAUAUGUGAACAGCACGACUUUCACGUCAAUUAUACGAUCGAAAUGUCAAAGCUCGCAGCCAUUUUGGGCAAGGUCCUCACCGAGCAGUUUGCACCCCGGAGAUAUGGCAUAGGCGAUAAUCGAGAAACUCUCCUGCAAGAGCUUAAUCAAUUUGAGUUCCAGUUGCCAUUGCAGUUAAGACGACAGCCAGUGGACGAAACUAUGACUGCAUCUUUCUGGUCAUGCAUGCUGCAUGCAAGCUAUCAUAAUUGUCAAAUUCUUCUAUUUCGACCCGGGGGUCCUCAAUCAGCCUUCCUGGGCGAAGUAGAGAGCGAGAAAAGAGCUAUGAUAGCGGCGGAUCUGACCACCCGUAUAGCUGAAGAUUUGCUAGCUGCUGGAACAUUAUCAUAUGGCCAGCUUCACCUUGUUCCCGCCAUAUUCGCAGCUCUCUCCAUACACUCCGUUGCCAUCCGCCGCAAAGAUCCUAUCAGGCGUCAACUUGCUGAAAAUCGAGCUCGUCAGUGCAUGCUUGCAAUGAGCGAACUUGCUAAGUCUUGGCCUGUAGCGGGUUGGAUUCUUCGCCUUUUCAUCAACUUGAUGAAAAAGCUCACAGACCAGAAUGUGAGAUACGAUAGUAAUUUGGAUCGAAGCAGGCAAGAUCGAACUGGAUAUCGCGGGGACUCGAGCAUGGACUCCCCAUCAGCAGCCACCAGGUCAGGGACGACUAGAACCAUGCAAAUGGGCCAUGGUUUAGGUAACCUGAUUAAUCAACCGGUUGAGGCUGAUCAACUGUCCGCGAGAGUGGAGGAAUGGAAUGCGAUCCAGCAAUCGGAUCAACUGUUAUCUGAUGUAAUAUGGGCACCAGAUCAGAAUAACUUUGAUUUUGAUCUCCUGUUUCAGGGGCAGUCGAAUGGAUCGUUGCCCUUCAAUUUCGGAUCACUCGCAGAAACCUUUGUUCCCGAAUACGUCGACACCGGGAUCCAACAUGCCUCAAAUCGGAAUAUUGAUCACCUUUUGGCGGAGUCCAGUGGGUAG